AGACAAAGAAAUGACCCAAGCUUCUAUAAUCUUCUUCAAGAAUUACGAUAUGGCUGCCUAUCUGAAAACUCAAAAAAAAUGAUUAAUGAUAAAAUUGAAAACUCAAAUCUAGAAUACAAUGCUAUUACAUCUACUCACCUU